AUGGAUCAGUGUAGAGUAACAGCCCCUUUCCUGACAAAGAAUAAUACCACUGAGGUGGCCUAUGACCGUAUGAUUUAUCAAGUUGUACACAAGAAACUAGCAGAAAUGAAACAGGUGAGAGAGGGUCUGAAUGCACUCGGACUUGCUGAUCUCAUGGAUAGUCAACCUAAGGUCACAAAGGAACUAUUCAACAGUGUUGAUGAGGCUACUGUGAAUUUUGGUGUGCUCAAGCAGAGUAAUGAAGGAUCACAGUGUCUCUGCAGGGUCCCGUGAAGAUCAGUCAUUCCAGUUCUUCCUUCAGUACCUGGAGGAGACAUGUCAGAGGAAACAAGGUAUGUAAACAAGUCAGCUGGUGGACCACAAAAAUUAUUGACGAGAUUUCUGUCAAUUAUGUUUUCAAGUCCAUGAUUUUAAAGAAACAAAAUAUUUCCUCCCAAAUAUAAACAAUAUGCCGACACCAAAAAGACGGAUAAAUAUUUAGAAUUGUAUGAAUUUUGUUUUCUUUUGGACCAACUAAACUGUCAGCACCACAGAGAUGUACAUAAAUAAAGGCUAAACUGUAUCAAAAGAUGACCUAGAAUUUCUCAUAUGCCUUCAAGACACCAGAUCAUCAAAUCUACAAUCUACAAUUUGAAGUUUGAUUGAGAUGUUCAUUUUUCCUCUGACAUGCUAUCAACUAAUGUUAAGCAUAAUGUAAUACAACUAUUUGUACUUUGAGGUUUAGAGACUCUUUCUGAAAUGCUUGUGGGAAAAAUUUAAUUUACUUUUACAGGAAAUUACAGCGACCCCUGUUAAACUUGUAUCUCAUCAUCGCCCCGUGUGGUAGCUUUUAAACACGUAAAAGUAUUGACAUACACUUUGCAGGUAUCUUCGAGCAGUGUGGGUGUUGGCACAUUGGAAAGGCUGACUCUUAAGACCCUGGAGAAUCCCAUGCUAAGGUAAGAGAGAGCAGGCUAACAAUCUCUGCCAAUUUUGCAUUACAUUGCUCAAGACAUUGCGGGGCCCAAACCGACUAUGGAUAGUAAUAUUAAAAAAAGCAGUUUUAUUUCUACCGGAAAGCUGGAGAGGAAAUGGUAAAAAGGCGAUUCACCUGCUACAUGUUUAUUUUAUUGAAUUACCUUUCUAGGGAAAUCAAUAGAGAAAAGUGUGAGUUACCCAUGGUUGAAAGCAAAUGACCGAAAAUAAGGAAAUAGAUAAAUGGGAUGGGGCAGGGAAUGCAAGUAUCAUGCACACUUCACUUCAAGAGCAACAACAACAAAACUUUAUUAAUAAACAAAUACAAUAACAGAAUUAUUGCCUUGACAUAGCAAGCCUUUUCGACGCUGGACGAGAAAAAGUUUACAGUUUCCAAAUAAAUGAUUAAAAAUUGUAAUACGAAUGAGGACUAGACAACAGACUAAAGAAAAGAAGAAUUAAGGAAAUUAAUAGUAAAAGUAGAAACUAAUGGGCAACAAUUUAUUUUUAGACAGUUCUGGCUACUUGUACCUUUUUCAGUAUGGUGGGGAUAUCAAUAUCGCUAGUUUGCUGCUUUGCUUGCAACAUGUUGUCAGCGAUUUUCUUCCGUUGAUUGUUUAGAUCUUGAAUUUCUUUUGUAACGUUUGGUUUUCUUUCCUUAGUUUCUCGGUUCUGGUCAUAGUUGAGAAAAAGUUAAAAGAUUUAGAAGAAAUUCGAUAA